AAAAGGGAUUCAGGAAAAGCCCAGAUGUUGAGAUAAUUGGGGCAGCCCAAUCCCAAUUUGUACAAGAAGAGGAGGGAACGGAAGAGAAGAAAAGAGGGGAGAAGAGGACCUCACCGGCGCUGUGGCCUGACGCAGCAGGUGGAACCGCCGCGCCGCUGAUAACUUCACGUAUGUUUCUGUUGAUUGCUUCUGUCAACUAGUCUUGCCCUGUUAAUUUGUCACUUCUUCCAAGCUGUUGAGGGGUUUUUUUCUGCUUUGACGACCCUCCACUUACGCUCAACCGCAGUUCAAAUUUCAUUUGGAAAAGAACUCUCAAUACACGGGUCUACUUAAAUCUUGAUUACCCCAUUCAUCCCUGAAAGGUGUCCGAAAGGUGUUUUGCAAUUGUGGCUAAAUCUUAGUGGUCGCUUCUUCUCUUGCUGUAUAAGGUACAAUGGUGGGGAGAGUAGAGCGGAUAUGCCAAGUUUGUGGUAGCAGUGUUGGCUUUACCAGAUCUGAUGAUGGCUUCUUUUACUGUGGUUACUGCAACUCACAAGCAGAUGAUAUCUUUGAUACUGGAGUUGAUGAGGAGCAGUUUUUCAGUCAUUACUCUGCCAAUUGCAACCGAGUUCGUCCUGCCAAUGCCAUUGCUGCAGAACCUAUCUCUCAGGUAAAACUCACCACAUCUCAAUAUUUGGACCAUCCUGAUAUUUUGGUGGAUGAUAUGGAAGAUGACGGUAUGGGUGAUGGAGUUGGGCCUAGUGGGCCUAGUGAUUUUGGUUCAUCCCAAAAGAAUUUUAGCUACGAAGACUAUUAUUCUGAGAUUAGGUCAAGAUACUUGACAGGGCUACAGGUUAUGAUCCAAUUGCAAUGCCAGGCUUUGGUAGAGAAGUUUAAUGUGAGCCCUUUAAUUAUUGGGCUUGUUGGGACUCUAUGGUUAAGGUUUUUGGCUUCCACUAGGAUUAUGGCUGACGAAUGGGCAGAUCAGGCUGUAAAUGAUUCCGAGGCUCAGACACAAGGGGAAACAGAAGAAUUUAAGCCUAGUGCUAAAUUUCGUUCAGAACCAGUUAAUAUUCAUGGGAAGCGUGUGGUAUAUGUCUGGUAUAGAUCUCUCAGAAGCAAGAUACCAAUAUCUUGUUCUUUAGCUAUCUCCUUCCUUGUUUGCCAUGUGGCUAGGGAGGGAGUUACCCCACUGGACAUGUUGAAGUGGACUCUUGAAGGAAAGCUUCCUUAUUUUGCUGCUUUUGGUGAAAUUGAGAAGCAGCUUGGGUCUCAUUCUGAGGCAUGUCCAAUCCGUGCCAGUCGUAUGUUCAGACCUAUCCAAGCCAUUUCUUCACAAAAGUUGGAGGCGAUGGCAGCUGAUAUUGCUCAGAAAAUCGGUUUGGAGUUGCCUCCAGUUAACUUCUAUGCAAUUGCUUUCCGCUAUUGUAGGCAGUUGUCUCUUCCUGUGAGAGAAAUACUUCCUCAGGCAUGUCGAGUAUGUGAAUGGUCUAUGCCUUCAGAAUUAUAUCUGUCAGCUAAUGAGUUUAGGAUUCCUACUCGUGUAUGUGUGAUGUCGAUACUGAUUGUGGCAAUAAGGAUUCUUUUUGACAUAAAUGGUUAUGGAAUGUGGGAAUUUAGUCUGUCUAAUUCGAGUUGUUCAUUAUCUCAAGUUAAGAAUACAGAAACUGAAUCUCAAAGCUUUAUAAAUACGAUGGAGAAAGCAGAUGAAGACUCAUCUUCCAACAAUUCACAGUCUUCUGGUGCUAAAUCAGAAGUCGCGGAUUCUAAAUUGAGUGUUGUGGAGCUUCUACAGAUUCUAGAAGAAAAAUAUAAUGAACUCAAUGAUGUACAUGCAUAUUCCUCUGAUUUGCCGUCAUACCUCCAGUAUUGCAAGGAUGUAGUCUUUUCUGGUUUAUGGCCGUCAUAUGAGGAUCUUGAAGAAGAGAAGUUAUUGGAGGAGUUCUGGGACUUUUAUCAGAAGCACAAGGGUUCUGGGACAUCAGAUCAUCAAGGAGAUGCCCAUCAAAGUAGACCAGAUGAAGUUGAGAAAACAAGGAGUAUUGAUCAAAAUUCAGCAAGUUGCACUCAAUCUCCAGAAGAGUCCCCCAAAGAUAAGGCAAUAAGGCAAUUGAAGUUGGACAUGGAAGAAAACAAGUUCUGCUAUAUUCCACCAAGGAUUAAGGUGAAGAGGAAAGACUAUCUCCAUUAUGCUAGGAGACGGAAAGACGUGUAUAUUUAUGCAGUUCACGCUGAUUACUAUAUCUUGCUUCGAGCUUGUGCUAAGGCUGCCCAAGUUGAACCCAGGGUCAUGCAUAUUGCAGUAUUGGGUUUAGAGAGGAGAUUGCGUUGGCUGGAAAACAGGAUGGAUGCUUCAUUGAAGGUCAAACUAAAUCUUAACGGUGUUUGUGAUUUCUGCAAAGAUGAGUUUGUGCAAAAUGGCGGGAGUGAUCCUAUGGAUUUAAAAACUUGACACUAUUUAAUCUGUCUCUCUCUUAGUUUGAGCUUCCAUGCAGAAGUUUUAUUUUCUCAAACGAACAAUUUGUAGUACAGAACAGUGGAAAGCGAUGUAAAUAGAGGAAGGAAGAGAAAUGGGGCUACGUGUUUUCUGUUGUCAAGAAAGUUCCCUAUCAAUUCAAGAAUCACACGUAUUUCUUUGUCCUUUGACAUAAAGAGUUUCAAGAAUUGUACUAAUUUACUUUUCUUGAUUUUUGUAUGUUAUGAUGUGAUAAUAUCUUGAAUA